UAAUUUGAUGUCGCAGAUAUCGACAGCAGUGCAGUAGCAGCCGUGAUAUCCACUGUUCUUCCUUACUCCGCAUCACCACCCCACGUUCUUCUAUGAUGGCCCGAGCCAGAAUUUGAAUUGCAUGCGUACCGUUCCCUCCAUCGUUUACUCAAACUAUCGAGCAUUUCUCAUCAUGUCGCACACAAUACCGCGGUCGCUCUGGCUUAAUCGCUCUGCUUUGAAGACACGUCCAUGGCUUUAUAUACCGAAUGUCUCUAGGGGAUACAGCUCAAGAAAAUCGAGCGGAAGAGCAAAUGCGCUCGACACGAGAAUUUUCCCGGAAUCCAGAUAUUCACCAAGGACUACUGAAGACAUACAAAGCCAGCAGGCACGUGUGCAGCAACAAUAUCAAGAAAUGGCAUUCGACGUACCUUUCUUUGGAGAUAUGUACGUCAAACCAUCAGGAUCAGAUCUGCCUUCAUGGUGGCAGCAGCCCAAGGCCAGAUUUGCGAUUACGAAACUAUACUUGAUUCAGCGCAUUAAGGGCCAAUUUUCGAUAUUGACCUGUUGGUGGAGAUAUCGCGAUCUCACCGGUUGGACUUUCAAGUCCCUCAUACCAUUCUAUGAUCGCAUACGAGGCACAAGAAAGGCUGUAGACCUCGGCUGGUCUUGGACCUCUUUGUUGCCAGUGUACAACAAAUAUCAAAACCCGCUGAUUCAAAAAGCUGUCAAGUUGCACAUGCAGUACUUUGAAUCCCUUGCUUCAGGCACUCCUGAAAGCUUGAAACAGCUUAAAAAGAUUACUACACCCAUUAACUACUAUACGCUUCAGCAAUUUGUUAACAGGCGUCAAUCCAAAGAGAAGGUUAGCUGGGAAGUCACAGAAGUUCUCGAGAAACCAUGUCUGGUGGCGGAUUACGCUGGUUUAUUGGCAGUCCCCGAGGCUGACGAACAACGCCUGGCGUGUCGUGAGUGUGUUGUACGACUUCGGACAAAGCAACAAUACAAACGGUUCAGGAGGGAACUAGACGGGACAAUAACAACACUAAGCAGCCGCAGUUUCAGUGCUAAGGAGAACAUUGUAUUACAACAGAAGUUGUACGACAACGAAGUUGGAGAAUGGAAAGUGUUGGGGUUUGUAGCCGAGAAAACACCAGCAGGAUUUGAAGAGGACCAGGUUAAUUUACGAAAGAGAGACGCAGUGAGGCAGGAGAUACAAAAUCAGGUAUUGAGAGCCUGAUUGACCAGCGAUCUCUGGUGGGUAGGGUAUUCAAGUAGUAAUACAACACACCUAGAUUGCACCACUAAACAAUUCAAC